CCAAAUCAAGUGUCUUCAGCUAUUUCAUCAUCAAAUCUUUGACAUAAGCAAAUCAAGAGAACUCAAGAAAAAAAAUGGCUUCCACCAAUGAAGAACCACAACAAAAUCAAACUAGCAGACACCAAGAAGUUGGCCACAAAAGUCUUCUCCAAAGUGAUGAGCUUUACCAGUACAUUCUUGAGACAAGUGUGUACCCAACAGAGCCUGCACCCAUGAAGGAGCUAAGGGAGUUGACUGCUAAACAUCCAUGGAAUAUUAUGACUACAUCAGCUGAUGAAGGUCAAUUCUUGACCAUGUUAUUAAAGCUUAUGAAUGCUAAAAACACCAUGGAAAUUGGAGUCUACACUGGUUAUUCUCUAUUAGCCACUGCUCUUGCUCUUCCUGAUGAUGGAAAGAUCUUGGCCAUGGAUAUUAACAGAGAGAACUAUGAACUUGGUCUGCCUGUUAUUGAAAAAGCUGGUGUUGCCCAUAAGAUUGAUUUCAGAGAAGGCCCUGCCAUGCCUGUUCUUGAUGAAAUGGUUGAAGAUGAGAAGUACCGUGGAAGCUUUGACUUCAUAUUUGUGGACGCCGAUAAGGACAACUACCUCAACUACCACCAAAGGUUGAUAGAGUUGGUGAAAGUUGGUGGACUGAUCGGGUACGACAACACUCUAUGGAAUGGAUCUGUGGUCGCGCCACCUGAUGCUCCUCUUAGGAAAUAUGUUAGGUAUUACAGAGACUUUGUUUUGGAACUUAACAAGGCACUUCCUGCUGACCCUAGGAUUGAGAUCUGCAUGCUCCCUGUUGGUGAUGGAGUCACUCUCUGCCGUCGGAUUAAAUGAUCAUUUCUUUGAUCAUAUAAGAUGUUUGAGCAAUAUGUAUCAAUUUUCUAUAUAUUUUAUUUUAUUUUAUUUUAUUAUGCUUCAAUAUUUGUACCCAAAUGAAUGAAUAUUUGAUGAUUUGAGAAAUUAUUAUUUCUAAUUAAAAGUUUAUGUGAUUA